UUAUACACACAGUUUUAACUUUAUCUUUCCGGCUUGAGCGGAGAGGGCAAGGUUGUUUGUUUUCCAGGUUUAUACAAAUAGAAUACGUUUUUCGAGUUGCAAGGUUCAAGAUAGUUAGAUCUAGUUCAUGUUCCGACAUCGCGGCCAGAUAUAUCCCACCAGUUCCCCUAUUUUCCUCGGAUCUUCAGAUUCAGAGAAGGAGACCUCGGAGCGGCCUUAUCCAAACAAUGGUCCCAGUGCGUGGGAAAAUGCUGAAGAGAGAAGAGACGGGUGUGUCGGUAUGUUUCCUCCAGAUGAUAGGAUUCAACGAACUCACAGUUUUUUCUCCUCUCACGAAGACCAACCAAAGUCAAUCUAUCUCAAAAAAGAGAAUACUGCGGAGGAGAUUUACUUGUCGGAGAAUCAGCAUGAGAUCAGUCCUACGGAUUCAUCUAGCAAGAGAAAGAUAACAUGGAAUGUUAGCGCACCUUCCAACACUCCCAAUCCCAAUAGUUUAGUUCCAAGGGGAAGAAACCAAAGCCAAUUAUCAAAUCUCUCUCUUUCUCUCUCCCCGCUUCCUUUUCAAUCGUCGAUUGCCCCCUGCAACUCACCGAUGGAACCUCCUCGAUCAUUUUCAUCCUCCUUUUCAGGACCUGAACAUCCUCUUUCUCCAGUGGUGUUUAAACAAAACCCUCAGAUACCCUUUAGACCUACAACAACAAUAAGAGUAGAUUCCACGGAGACAGGAUCCAGGAUCGAAUCUAGCACUGAGGGUCGGUUCUCCUCAGAAAGUAGCAGAAAAUCCUCAAUAAGGUCGUCAUCCACCUGUAUACCAAUGCUCAGUGUGCCUACAUUUGAAUCUAAAGAUGGUCUUCUUAGUCCGGUUCAAUUAGUCCUGUCUCCACACAACCGGAACUUCUCUGGUUCAGCUCUAUCUCUGCGCUCCUCCUACUCAACCCAAUCAAUCAUGAGCGAAGCCUCGACUAUCUUUGGCCCGGAGAAAGAGCAGGUUCUCACAGAACGAAUGAGACUCAUCGUUGAUUCCUUCCAAAGCCGUGCUCGGCGAGUAAAACAAAGAUUAGAACAGCCUCCUACCCCUACAGACGAUGGAUCAGAGAACGAAGACGUCCUAGUUGGACCAAGACGUCUUCUUGAUGAUUUCGCGGAUAUUAAAGACUCCGAAAAUCCAAUAAUGAUGGGAACUGGAGAUAAGUGGAGAGAUUUACUGAGAAGGAUUGAGUUUAUAGAUCCUAGGGGGCACAUUAACAUAGCCUGGCUAGCUGUGAUGACAAUUUGCUUUGUGUACAACGCUUGGUGUAUACCAUUCAGGUUUUUCUUCCCUCAGUAUCAAAACUCGGAGAACCAGAUAUCCUGGUUUAUUGCUGACUAUACUUGUGAUUUCUUGUGCCUUCUUGAUAUACUAGUAUUUAAAUACAGACUAAUGUUUAUGGAGAGUGGAUUCUGGGUCAAGGAUAAACGACGGCUAAUUAGACACUAUCUGAAGGAGGGAUCCUUUAUACUUGAUCUCCUAUCCCUGCUACCCCUGGAGAUAAUGUAUAUAUGGUUCGGAACCCGAGCAACCCUUCUCAGAAUAAACAGACUUCUUAAGUUCGGAGACUUUUUAGAAUUCUUUAAACGUUUAGAUGCUACAACAAGUCGUCUCCAGUAUGCUCUACGGUUACUCAAGACAGUGAUUUAUAUGCUCUAUCUUAUUCAUCUUAAUGCUUGUGCAUACUUCGCUAUAUCUGCCUAUCAAGGGUUAGGAUCAAACUCCUUUGUUUUUGAUGGAGAAGGAUCGUCUUAUAUCCGGUGUUUCUACUUUGCAACCAAAACAGCAACUUCAAUUGGGAAGAACAACCGUCCGACGAAUAUAUCCGAGAUAGUAUUCAUGACAUGUAGCUGGAUGAUGGGGGUAUUCGUGUUCGCAAUUCUAAUAGGUAACAUUCGUGAUAUCCUGGGCAGUGCCAUGCACAAUCAUACUGAGUUCAGAAGAAAGAUGGAUGCUGUUACUCAUUUCAUGCAGAUGUUUAAGGUACCAAGUUUAGUACAAGCCCGGGUAAAGCUGUGGAUGGAGUAUACCUGGAGUCAGCAGAAGAGUUUCAACGAGGACAAGGUCUUAGACUUCCUCCCUCUCAAGAUGAGAACAGAUCUUGCUCUUCAGAUUCACUACACAACCUUAGCCAAGGUUAAACUUUUCCAGGACUGUGAUAGCGGCCUACUGAAGGAGUUGGUUGUUAAGCUCAAACCAAUCAUAUUCCUCCCAGGAGAUUAUAUCUGUAGAAAGGACGAUAUAGGACGUGAGAUGUAUAUAGUUGAAUCCGGAUACGUCCAGGUACUGGGCGGGAAGGACGGAAAGAGCUGUCUUGUCACACUCGGAGAAGGUUCCGUAUUCGGAGAGAUAGCUCUGCUCGGAGUUACAGGAAUGAACCGUCGGACCGCCGAUGUUGUAUCUCAAGGGUUUUCAAGUCUCUUUACUUUAAGAAAAGGAGAUCUGGAGGAGACAUUGAAGCACUAUCCUGAUGCUAAGCGUAUACUUAACUCUAAAGCACGGAAAAUGAUGAAAGAGAAUGACGCGCUGUGCGCAGAAGAGAAACUUCCUGAAGAAGGAGAGGUUCUGUUUGCAAGGAAGGAGAUGAGGAAGGAUCCUGCUCUUCUAAACAUGGUUGUCAAGAUGCUUCCGUCUAGUUCAAUGACACAGUUGUAUAUUAAACACGGGAGUAGGAUGGGAGGAACCAGUUUUCGGAAAGCAGAUUCUAGUGCUGGAACACAUGAUGAAGAUUACCAGCUCUCCUAUACUGUUUCAAGAACCUCGAACAACCUGUCCUACCUGAGCGGUAGCCCUAGACCACCAACCUUAACUCCAGGUAGUAGUUUAGAGGACAGGAGGACGCUUACAGGAGAAAGAGAGAAUGGGAGAACGCCAGCAGGGGGAGGAGAGGAUGGAAGAAGACUUGGUUACCUUGUUAACCCAAGCUCUAGAUCUUCCUUGGCUACCACUGUAUUUGACAAGAGAUUUGGGGGUAUUCCUGAACUAAAGUUUUCAAUGGAUGACCAUGAUGAUGAAUUAGUAGGAAUGACAGGAAGCUCUCUGGAUCACUACGGUACCACUGAUACUAUACAGGGGGAGGAGGAGGAACUAGAACAGACUAAACGUUUAAGACAAAAGACAGAAGAAAGAUUUCAAGAACAGAUUGCUGAGAGAAGACGGAGAUUAGAACUUGAACUCCGGAGAACAGGACGGAGAAGAUCCAGGUCUAGAUACAGGACGGAUAACAAGAAUUUACUUGGAGUUAAUCCUCAUUAUUCACACAGGAGAUCUCAAUCAGCUAAGAAAACCAUGUUAAAAAGACAAGAACGGAUUCCUUCAAGUUCCUCUCCGGAGAGUGCACAAUCGGCCACAAUCUGAGUUUGUUGUCUAGUAACUAUAGUGUCUAUAUGUCCAAUAUCUAUCGGUUUAUGUCCAGUAACUAGUGUCUAUAUGUCCAUAUCUAUCAGUUUAUGUCCAGUGUCUAUAUACAAAUUCUCAUGUUUCACCUGUUCCAAGUCUAGAAAAAAAAGUUCGACAGAUGAAAACAGUGCGCGUUUGCGCAUGCUCAAAUGAACAGAGUAUAAAAAUAAAAGAGUCAGAAGGCACUUUUGAGUAAAAAUGGAAGAUUUUUUCCGGAUCUGAUGGAUUCACAACAUUUUGGCAUCCUGGAUCCGGAUCCGCAAAAUUUUUCUGAUCUCUGAAUGAGUCAUCGGGUUUAUUGAUAAAAAUAAGUGACAAAAAAUAACAAUAAUUUGAAAAUUCUUCUUUUGGGUAAAAAAACAGUAAAUUCUAAAGAAAUUUUUAUAAACAAAAACUGGAACUUUUAAAAUAUCACAAUCUGUAAAAUGUGGUCUUUAACUUUUGCUCUAAAACUGUAAAUAUUGGAAAUACUGAAUAUAAUCUAUAGACAAUAACAAAUUCAAAGAAACUCAUCAUAACGUCUAAUUCUUCAAUCAUGAUGCCGUAGAUCUUAGAUACUUUAAACUGUUAAAUCUGACAGAUCAAAUUAACGAAGUUUAAAUAAUUAAAGGUUACAGCAUAAUAUUGAAAAAUCAAAGGUUUCCACCGUAAGAUUGAAAAAUCAAUUUGGGGCCUAAGAAACUACAGUGUCUUUACAAAGUAUAACCCCCCCUCCCGUUAAACAAAUGUUUUAACACAUUGAAUACGAUAAUUAUAAAUAUUGUAUAUUCAGAAUAUUUUUAUUAUUAGUUCUAUUUAUUGAAAAAGCAUGGUACAAAACAAGUAAAUUGUAUAAUUAUUUAUUUCACAGAAAAGUUUUUUGGAACUAAUCAAGCCACGGCUUUCAGCACUAUAUGUGGUGUUGUAUAGAUAAACAAAUACAUAUAUAUUUUCAGCACAAAUAAAUAUAAUUUGAAACUUAACUUUUAUUUCAACAUUUUCCUUAUCAAACAUACUUAAAGGGACUGUAAACGUAAUUUCAAGCUCCAUGCAAAAAUAGCAGCGACCGUUUUACAACGGUAUCCUUGAAAACCCUAUAUCUGACAAACAAUUGAGUUUCUAGCUUGAAAAUUUUUAAUUCUGAUAAUCUAUAUAUGUUUUCUUGCAA